AUUUGUGUGUGUGUGUGUGUUUGUGUGCGUGAAUGUGCGUUUGCUUGUGUGUUGCGUGCUUGUGUUGGUGUGUUUGUGUGGGUAUCCAUGAAUGCGCGUUUGUAGUGUGUGUUUGUGUAAUUGUGUGCGAGUGUGUGCGUGAAUGCGCAUGCGUUUGUGUGCGUGUGUAGUGAGUGCGCGUGGAUGUUCGUGUGUUUGUGUGCGGGUGUAGUGUGUGUUUGGGUAAGUGUGUGCUUGAAUGUGCUUGUGUGUGUGUGUUGCGUGCUUGUGUUAGUGCAUGUUUGUGUGUGUGCGAGCGCGUGAAUGCGUGUGCUUGAAUGUGCGCGUGUAGCGUGUGUUUGUGUAAGUGUGUGCGUGUGUACGAGCGCGUGUGGGGGUCAAGUGUAUGUGCGUGUAUUUGUGUGCGCGUGUAGCGUGUUUUAGUGUAAGUGCGUGUGUUUGUGCGCGUGAAUGUGCGUGUGCUUGUGUGUUGUGUAGGUGUGUGUUUCUGUGCAUCUUUUGUGUGCGUGCGCGUGAAUUUGCGUUUGACGUCUGUGAGCGCGUGUGUGGGUGCACCUGAAUGUGCACGGUGUAAGUGUGUGCUUGUAUUUGUGUAAGUGUGUGCACUUGCGUAAGUGUUUGUGUGUGCGUGAAUGUGCGUAUGUAUGGAGAUUGUUGAGGCGUGUGUUUGUGUGUGCGUCUGUUUUUGUGGAUGCAAGUGCGCGAACGUGUGCGUGUUGCGUGUGUUUGUGUAAGCGUGUGGAUGCGCGUGUGUUUAGUGUGUGAGAGCUCGUGCGUGGGUGCGCGUGUGUUUGCGUGUGCGUGUUAGCGUGUAUAUCGUGUGCUUGUGUAGGUGUGUGUUUGUGUGUGCGUGAAUGUGCGCGUGUUACGCUUGUGUGUGUGAGAGUGCGCGUGAAUGUGCGUUUGCUUGUGUAGAGUGUUUUUUGUGCGUGAAUGUGUGUUUGCUUGUGUGUGUGUGUUGCGCGCGUGUGUGGGUGCGCGUGUAUGCGCGUGCGCGUCACAGCCAAUUGUUGCCAGGCUGCUGCGAGGUGGAGCUUCCUUUUCUUUUUUUUCUCCCCGGGCGGACGACACCGAGUCAGCAGCCGGCCAGCAGCGCUCCGCAGGCGGCAGAGAGGAGACAGUCGGGACGCGAGGAGACAGCCAGGAGGUAAAGAAGGCAGCCAGGAGGAAAAUAAAGCAGAGGCAGGUUUUCUUCCAGCGGGAACAUGAACACCAAGACGUCGCGCUUCCUCGUCCUCGGGCUUCUCGUCGCCGCUGUCACGGCCAAGACGCCCCGGCUCAAAUUUGUAGUGCACGAACCGUCUCGAUUCCACUUUGACAAGCCCGAGAACUACGUCAGCAUGUACCACCAGGAGGGGAGCAACACUCUGUACGUGGGCGGGCAGGCCAUGAUCUACGUGCUCACCUUCGGCAACAGAGGCGUACAUGACCUGCAGAUCCCAGCACCGUCAGAUCAGACCGCCAUCGACACCUGCAAGGCCAAGGCGGCACCGCUCGAGAUGGAGUGUGAUAAUUUCAUCACAGUCAUUGAGAAAGUCAACGACACCUUCAUCGUGUGUGGGACAAAUGCCGGGAGUCCUCGUUGCUGGAUGCUGGUUAACGACACAGUGCUGAUCGACGUCCAGGGAGUCGGACAAAUCGCAUCGCCCUCUGACAUCUCCCCGCCUUACCCCUCGCAGAGGUCCAUCAGCCUGCCCGCAGAUGGGAGUCUGUAUUCCGCCAUGUCAUCAGUGGGAGGCCACGCUGGAUCUAUCCGCCGUACGUUCGGACCCCAGAAACUCCUGAAGACAGAAAACGUUUGGCUGCUGAAUCCGCAGUUUGCUGGGGCCGCAAUCAUCCCUGCCACCUUAAAAUACAAGGAGGAGAUCUACUUCUUCUUCAGUGAGUUCAACAAGACAGCCCGAGUGGACGAGGAGCCGUACAGGGCCCGCAUUGGCCGGAUCUGCAUGGUGGACGAGGGCGGGAUCAAGGCUCUGUUGGCCGACUCGUGGACCACCUUCAUGAAGGCACGGGUCAUGUGCGGUGCCGGAAACACCCAGCAGCAGUACAACAACAUGAAGCAUGCGGUGGUACUGACAGCUAAGGACAAGCGGGCCGGUGUCAUGUACGGCCUGUUUUCCAACGCAUGGGGCAGAAGUGUGAUUUGUGCCUAUUCCAUAGAAGACAUCGACCAGGCCUUCUCCACAUCCAAACUUAAGGGCUACAGCAGCUCCUUCAUUGGCAGUCGUCCUGGGAUGUGCGUCCGUAAGAACUCCACAACGGGCGGUCCCAACGACAUAAAAAACCUGGGCGUGAUCCGGUACCAUCCGGAGAUUGAAGACGUGAUCCGGCCCGUGGGCGUGGCUCCUCUCGACCUCCCGACAGAUGACCAAAUCACGCACACAGUGGCAGACAUUGUCCUCGCCGUCAACGAAGAGCACUACAGCGUCCUUUACCUCGGAACAGAACAAGGAAAAGUCCACAAAGUUCUCCACAGCAGCGAGGGUGUCUUCAUCAUCUCCCAGUACUCCAUGUUUCGUAAUGAGGGGCCCGUCCUGAACAUGGCCAUUGACCCCCAAAAGGGACACUUGUACGUUGCCACGGCGAUGGAGGUCCAGCGGCUGCCCCUGGCCGACUGCGGUCGCUAUGGCGACACGUGCAGGGAGUGCAUCCUCUCCAGGGACCCGUAUUGCGGGUGGGACAAGAACAGGAGGCGGUGCAUCGCCAUCCCGGCAGGCUACAACUUCACGACUGGGACGCUCGUUCAGAAUCUGGACCAAUCCAACUCGUCGGUUUGCGGGGAAGCUGCUGCCCUGAAGCUGCGCCGCACCUCCCCAAGAGAAGUGGUGGUACAGUCAAACACCUCCAUCUUCCUGCCGUGUCCCGUGCGCUCCUUCCUUGCCACGUACCGCUGGGAGAAGGACAACUGCGUCAAGAACUACCCCUGCCUUUUCUCUGGCGACUUCUGUGUCCUCGGGCCAGGGGUGGACACGCCGCUUAAGGAGGGCAUCUUCCGCUGCAUGGCUACCGAGGACGGAUUCAAGGUGGAAGUCAUCUCCUUCAAGCUGAUGAACCACGGCAGGCUCCUGGCCGCCUCCCUCGCCUCCACCUUGGGGCUGUCACUCGUGCUCGCCAUGGCCACCCUUUGGCUUCAUUAACUGCAGCUAAUGCUAAUGCUAACCACAUACCCUUAAAGACAGUAAAUAGACGAGAGGUUUGGUUCACAGAGCGUUCAAGUCUGGGGUGUAACAAUUGUCAAUAAAAGAACUAAAUCAGUAUCAAACAGAGUCAAAGUCACUUACAUUUGGGUCUAAAAAGAGCUUGAAACUUUGAUACAGUGCAUGAAGAACUUUGUGAACCUUCCCUCUCUAACUGUAAACGCUAAACAUAUCCUAAGCGUUGGGCAAAAGAAACACCAAUACCAGGCCGAUUCUUUAUGACCAUUUCUUUAACUCUUUUGACUAGAUUGUGCUUCUUUGUGGAUAUGUAAAGCUUUAAUACUGCUCUUACAUCUUGCAUCCUUCCACCUCAUUCGUAGUUUGAAAAAAACCCAACAUGUCUGGUAUUGAGAUUUUCAAAGCCUUAACACUUCUGGGACAUCAACUCGUAAGCACAAUUUUGCAGUCAAUGCAGAAUACUGCGCACCCGGUUGGACUCUGGGUUGGGUUGGGUUUGACAGGAAGUACGAGAAUGAGCAAAAGCUUAUUCCUGACCAUCACUGUGUCUCAGCACGUCCUCCUCAGAAAAGGCAGUUUCUCACAUCUUUUUACCUUCAGACAUUACACCUUGUUCACAGCUUUAGAGUUCCACGUCUCACCGCCAUCAGACCUCCUUCUAAAAAGGUCAAAAACGUCAACCGCGACACCUCCGGGGAGGUUAGCUGGACCAGAAAGCAGCAAAUUAGAACUGCCCUUAGAAUCUUUGGUAAAUGUCAAAGAUGAGUUGGGGUAGGCACUGAGGCAAGAAGAAUUCAGGCAGACCAAACAGGAUGAGGUGGUCCUAGCUACGGCACUAUCAACCUCAUUAGAACCAUGCCGUUAUAGAGGUUUUACACUUUAUAGAACGUCAGAGAACAGAACUAAGCAAAUUACGUCCGAUGGUCUGUAAAGUUUCGGUGAAGAAGGAGCUGAGCCGGAAGGCAAAGCUCUCAAUUUACCGGUCAAUCUACGUUCCCAUCCUCGCCUAUGAUCAUGAGCUUUGGUUUAUGACCGAAAAGACAAAAUCAAGGGUCCAAGCGGCCGAAAUGAGUUUCCUCGGCCGGGUGGCAGGGCUCUUCCUUAAAGAUCGGGUGAAAAGUUCUGUCAUCCGGGAGGAGCUCUAAGUAAAGCCGCUGCUCCUCCACAUGGAGAGGAGCCAGAUCAGGUGGUUCGGGCAUCUGGUGAAGAUGCCAUUCGAACACCUCUGUGUUUGGGGGCAUGUCUGACCGGUAGGAGGCCACGGGGAAGACCCAGGACACGUUGGGAAGACUAUGUCUUCCGGCUGGCCUGCCCCCGCAACCCGACCUCGGAUAAGCGGAAGAGGAUGGAUGGAUGGUCUGUAAAGUUGUGAACAAAGUAUCGCAUGAUCAUUUCCGCCAAACCACGCAGACAUUAUCAUAAGUUAUGUUCAUUUUCCAUUUUUUUUUUGCAAGGAGAAAAACAAAAGCUUGUACUUCAAUUUGAGAUGUUCUGUAUUUAAUUGCUGCCAGUGCUGAUUUCUACCAUUGCUGCCUCUCUAUGUGAAGAUUUGUCUUGAUGGUUUGGAUUUUUAACGCCAUAGCUAGACUGUGAUAUAUGUAUACCGAUGUUUUCUAACCGAGUCUCGAAGCUGUGAUACACACUAACUUGUCAGACGAUGUUCAGCUGCAUUCACAAUUGACCGAUGAAGGGAUGAUUCAGCAUAUUUUAACGCCUCCCGAACUUUUCUGUUUCAGUUUAAACUUAUUCCGCGGAUUCGUGAGAACUCUAUUUGGAGUCUCGCUCGGCGUUGACCCAUGUAGCAGAUUAGCGUGUUCUCCAGAGCUCUGACAUUGUCAUUCAGUAACUUAACACAAAACUGGCGGCGUCAGGCAGUCCACUAUGGCCCACAUGUCAUUAAUAGCUAAUUAGGAGCUACUGGAGGUCGUUGUGCUCCAUAUUCGAUUUUAUGAGCGGCGAGGAUCUGAACGGCCACGUUGCCUUUCUCCGGGUAGCGGAGACAAAUAACGAGUACAUGUCCAACACAAAACUUUGUUGAGCCAACAUUUUACUUCCCAGCCUACAAUGCAUGCACACUACACUAAAACAGCCAAUAACCCUCCGUGCCGGCCGCCCUUUUUGCCACCUGUGUCAAAACUAGGGCUGCGACGUCCCUUCCUGUCCACGGACUUCAUGUAGACUUUUUGAUAACCUAACAUUUACAGAGCGUCCCCGACCGAUCAACCAGAAAGUCAAGACCUGCAUGUGAGUUGAAAAACAAACAUUUUUGAUUUUCUUCGGUCCGAAAUGGGUCUUCAAGCAAUCGCCUCGUCGGAAAGUCCUUACGCUCGCCGCCGGCCCGCCCUCUUUGUUCGCAGCAAGCGGGUGUGUUGCCUUCAGGAAUCCGUUCAGGCGGACCUCCCCUUGUCGUGUCGUUCUGAGGUCUAGAGUGCUGUACAUGGUGUGUCCUGACAACUAUAUUAUAGCCAUGAAUGAUAUAUUAAUAAUCCCAUUAUUUUUAAAGCUCAUAUAUCUGGUGCAAUAGAUAUUCAUGUAACAAAUCUUUAUUGACAUGUGUCAAUCUCAACAUGUGCAGUGACAACUAAUAAAAUAGGAAAAAAAACAGA